AUUCCAAACAAAGUGCGAUACUGUGUGACCGGAGUUGAGCCAGAGUUGUCAUGCUCUACUUUUUCCCAGCAGCACCAAGGUGGAUGUUGACCUGUUAGCUGCAAUCUGAAGUGAGGAGUCCAGAGGGGAAAGGUCUGUCUGCUGUCCGGCCUUAGCCUGGAACCAGGCAGAGUGAGUGGGAUGAUUCAGACUAUUGGAGAAUGGUUCUGGUGGGACCGCCUCUGGCUGCCUGUCAACCUGACGUGGGCGGAUCUGGAAGACAAGGAUGGGCGUGUCUAUGCCAAAGUGUCAGACUUAUAUAUCACCUUGCCCUACUCAGUGGUCUUCCUCAUAAUUAGAUAUGUGUUUGAAAGGUUUGUAGCCACGCCGUUUGCAGCCUGCCUCGGUGUGAGAGAGAAGAACAUACAUAAAGUAGAGAGCAAUCCCAUCCUGGAGCACUUUUUCAUCUCACAGUCCAAAACUCCAGCAAAGGCAGAUAUUCAGGGCUUGUCUAAAAAAUGCAGCUGGUCAAGCAGGCAGGUGGAGUGCUGGUUCAGGAGGAGGCGGAACCAGGAGCGCCCAGGGGUCCUGAAGAAGUUCAGAGAGGCCAGCUGGAGAUUUGUGUUCUACAUCGGAGCGUUGAUUGGUGGCCUUAUAGCCCUGUAUGAUAAACCCUGGUUUUAUAAUUUACGAGAACUAUGGAACACCUAUCCUAAACAGUCCAUACUGGAGUCACAAUACUGGUACUACAUUCUGGAGAUGAGCUUCUACUGGUCACUUCUUUUCAGCAUCACAUUCGAUGUCAAACGAAAGGACUUUAAAGAACAAAUCAUUCACCACUUAGCCACACUGACCCUGCUGGCCUUUUCCUGGUGUGGAAACUACAUCCGCGUUGGGACACUGGUCAUGCUCGUCCACGAUACCUCUGAUGUGUUUUUAGAGUCUGCCAAGAUCUUCAACUACGCCAAAUGGGAAAAAGUUUGCAACAGCAUUUUUGUCCUCUUUGCCGUUGUGUUCAUGGUGACGAGACUCAUUAUCUUUCCGUUUUGGAUAAUCCACAGCACGUGGGUCUACCCGCCAGACUACUACCCUGUCUUCUUCGGUUAUUACUUCUUCAAUGCCAUGCUCAUCAUUCUCCUGAUGCUGCACAUAUUCUGGGCCUACCUGAUACUGCGCAUGGUGAAGAAGUUCCUCUUUGGCAGUCUAACCAAAGAUGAGAGGAGUGACAAUGAAGAAGAAGAUGAUGAAGGAGAGAACACCACGUCUGAGGAGCAUGAUGGACACCUGAAAGCGACCAACGGCUGUGGACGAAGAGGCGUAGCAAACCAUCAUUAAAAAAUGGGAUGCUUCCCCGUUUCCAUGGUGAUGACUGAAGGAGCUUAAUGAAGUUUUGGAAAAGGGAUAAAGGACUUGGAUUCCCAUGGUGGACAGUUUUAAUGUCAGAAAUGGCCACGUAUUUGAUUUCUUAGCAUCGAGAAUGUGGCACAGACCUCACUAGGAAAACACAUGUAUCACUUGACAAUACCAAACAAAACACAAACACAAACAAACGCUUGUUUCCUUUCACUCAGUGCCAGUGUAGACUUGCUUUGGCUCUGUCUUGUUGGCCAUGCUCUCUCUGUGACCUACAAACUGAGCAAGAACAGAUUACACCCAACCCAAAAGAAAAAGAAACGUUGCUUUUCUUCUCCAUCUUGCCUAAUGGGUUCCUCAUUGUUUCUGCUGCUCCUCAUCAUCCAUCAAGGCCUUGUCUUUGUCUUUCUCAGACUCCUUCCAUCCUGGCGUGUUUCGCAUCAGUGCAGUCUGGCAGGACGAAGCUCUUUACGGCCCCAGGAGAGAUGAAAUAGCACUAUAGGUUUUUCUCCUUUUCGCAGAUGACUGUAUAGAAAAACACGGUGAGGUUCUGCUCUUGUAUUGAACAGCAGAGUUCUGGGAAAAGCAUUACAUGGAAAAGGAAAAGCAUCCAUUACUGUUUUCUUUUGAAGUUAUGAGCAUUGUAACCUGCCACAGCUAAGGCAAGAGAACAGAGUCUCCAAUGUAACAGAGGAAAAGGUCUUUAACCCUUGGAACAUUGGUCACCAGCCCUUUUACUGGAGAUCUACACUACUGAGCAAAAACAUAUAUAUAAGAUAUUUUUCCAGUAUUUAUUUUCUGUUUACCUUUACUUCAGCUUCAGGUCUUUGUAGGAGACAUCAAAGGAACCAGGCGUCUUUCCAAGGAAUUUUGAGUCAUCUGUCAGGGCAACAUGCAUUUUCAAAAUAUUUCAAAAACUGAAAACGACAAAAAUGGAGAUACAAGGUUUUGUUCCAACAGCAGCGAUAUGCAGAUGGAUCAUCUUAAAUCUUUUCAGAAAUAUCUCUUGAAAAAUGAAUAACGUGUUCAUGGGCUGUUUUACAUUCAAACCCAGUCCGAUCAUUCGAGUAGUGUCAGAAACUGGGAAAUACCAAUUUUACAACAUGUUAAAUGCCCUUGAAAAGCCGACACGGAGUCACACUUACUGGUAGGAAAUUUAGAAUAAUAGAAGAUGCAAGAUAUUAACCAACCUUUGCCAUGUUUCUGCCAAUUUUUGACAUCAAAACAUACACAAUGAAAUCAGGAGUGCAGACGUGAACCUAUCAAUGCAGAAAGCAAAUCAAAUAUAAUGAAUUACACAUCUGUUCCUGUAAUUAUACACAUAAACAAUAUAGCAAAUGACAGUAAUAGCUGUAGACCUCUAAGGACUGUUUCAUUCUCUUCCAUAUGAAGAUGUUUGAACAGUAUGCCAUGAGAAGGAAGCUGGAGAUCUGGAGUACAUAAUGGCCCCAUCUGUGGACGAUUGUGAAUUGCUCGCUGUUGCAGCUCUGUAUUUUAGUCUGAAGAGUCAUAUUUAAUGUCACGUUGAGAAGAAAAAUAGUGUGCGGGAGAGCGAGGAACAAAUGAGAACAAAAAGAGAGUGAGUUUGCUUUUUGUCUAACCUUUUCAGACUUGAAAUAGACUUUUUAGUUGUUUUUGUGUUUUUAAACGUAUUACUACUUUCAAGGCUGCACAUGUGUUCUGAAGAAAGAUUUUGUCAUUGAAGGUGAUGAGUUUUUGAUUGUAUUUCGUUUUUAAUUAAAAAGCACUGUUCCAAUAAAAA